GUGCUGGUCCUGGCUCUUCUUUGCUCGCUAGCCUUGACGUCAGACAGUGCACCAGACUGCUGUAGGCAGAAGACCUGUUCUUGUCGAUUGUAUGACCUCCUUCGUGGAUCAGGCAACCAUGCUGCUGGAAUUCUGACCUUGGGGAAAAGGAAAAGCAGUUCUCAGAGUCUACAGACACGGCUUCAAAGGUUGCUCCAAGGCUCAGGGAACCAAGCUGCAGGGAUCCUCACCAUGGGUAAACGAGCUAAAUUAACCCUGGAGAGACAGUGUAAUAAUGACCAGUUUGUGAACGUCUUGGUCUCCAGCACGCAAUCUCCCCUCUCCAUGUGUUCCACAUUGAUGGAGCCUGCCAAUGUCAGUAAGGGCUCUACUUGCCAACAAGACCCGAACAUCUAG